UCCUGACCGGAAGUCCGGGGCUGUUGCCGCGGCGCACGCAGACUCGGGCUGGAGCGCACGUCCGCAGCCCGGGCAGCCCCGCCGCGCCGCGCGUCCGCACCCGGCUUCCAGCAUCAUGUGGUAUGUCAGCACCCGGGGCAUGGCCCCACGAGUCAACUUUGAGGGGGCCCUCUUCUCUGGUUAUGCAUCGGAUGGGGGCCUCUUCAUGCCUGAGGAGCUCCCACAGUUGGACAAAGAGACCCUGUGUCAGUGGAGCACACUCUCCUAUCCUGGCCUGGUGAAGGAGCUGUGCACCCUCUUCAUUGGGCCUGAGCUCAUUUCAAGAGAUGACUUAAAUGAUCUGAUCGACCGAGCCUUCAGCAGAUUCCGCCACAAAGAAGUGAUCCAUCUGUCUAGGUUGAGGAAUGGGCUGAACUUAUUGGAGCUGUGGCAUGGAGUCACAUAUGCAUUCAAGGACCUGUCCCUGUGCUGUACAGCACAGUUUCUGCAGUACUUCCUGGGGAAGAGGGAGAAGCACGUCACCGUGGUUGUAGGAACGUCUGGGGACACAGGGAGUGCUGCCAUUGAGAGUGUUCAAGGGGCAAAGAACGUGGACAUCAUCGUUCUGCUGCCCAAAGGUCACUGCUCAAAGAUUCAGGAGCUCCAGAUGACAACAGUGCUGAAGGAGAAUGUCCAUGUGUUUGAAGUGGAGGGAAACAGCGACGAGCUCGAUGAGCCAAUCAAGGCCGUGUUUGCUGACGUGGCCUUUGUCAAGAAGCACCAUCUGAUGAGCCUGAAUUCAAUCAACUGGUCCCGGGUCCUUGUGCAAAUGGCCCAUCACUUCUUUGCUUACUUCCGGUGUGCGCCCUCCUUGGAUACACAUCCCCUACCCCCUGUGGAGGUGGUUGUGCCAACGGGGGGUGGUGGUAACCUUGCAGCUGGGUGCAUUGCUCAGAAAAUGGGCCUGCCCAUCCGCCUGGUCGUGGCAGUGAACCGCAAUGACAUCAUCCACAGGACUGUCCAGCAGGGAGACUUCUCUCUGUCUGAGGCUGUCAAACCAACCUUGGCAUCAGCUAUGGACAUUCAGGUGCCCUACAACAUGGAGAGGAUCUUCUGGCUUCUCUCCGGUUCUGACAGCCAGGUGACGAGAGUCCUCAUGGAGCAGUUUGAAAGGACCCAAAGUCUGAAACUGCCCAAGGAACUGCACAGCAAGCUUUCAGAGGCAGUGACAUCUGAGUCAGUGUCGGACGAGGCCAUCACCCAGACCAUGAGCCGCUGCUGGGCCGAGAACCAGUACCUGCUGUGCCCCCACUCGGCCGUGGCUGUGAGCUGCCAUUACCAGCAGGUGAACAGGCAGCAGCCCAGCAGUGCUCCCCGGUGCUGCCUGGCCCCAGCCUCUGCGGCCAAGUUCCCGGAAGCUGUCCUGGCUGCCGGGCUGUCCCCUGAGACUCCUGCGGAGAUCCUAGCCCUGGAGCACAAGGAGACCCGCUGCAUCCCUAUGAGGAGAGGCGACGACUGGACGCUGAUGCUUCGGGACAAGAUUGAGGACCUAAGCCGGCGGUGGAGGGGUCAUGGCCUGAACUCCUCAGAGUAGCCAGGCUCUGUUUGGCUUCCCUCAGGCUUCAGACCCCAGGAAGGUGCAGCCUCUGAGCUGCCUUGUGCACCUUCUCUCCCUAAGAGUUGUAGGAGGUUCUCAGGAGGCUGCUCAGUGGGUCUGGGGCCAGCUGGUUUUGCUCUGUCCCACAGCUGCUCUGUGCUCCAGCCUGGCGGUGCUGUGCCUGGUCACCAGGGAGGCUGGGGGAGGGGUGUGGAUCAUUGCUGGAAGUGCCCCCAGCCCCUGCUGGACCAUGCUGUAUGUGGAAGUUUCAGGGCCUGCAAAUGAAGAGCCCCGGGUACAGGAUCAGCCACAGCUCCAGGGGCUUAGGACCUCAGCCCUGUGAAGGUGAGGGCCGCUCACCACCUUAAUGCAAGCCUGCAGCUCAGUCUCUGAGCCUUAGUGGAUCCGGCCCCCAAACCAGAUCCAGAGGUCUUGGUCCACCUUAUCAGAGGCUGCCACCCUGUGUGUUGGGAACCCCUGGAAUAAAGUGCUUGUCCAGUGUGA